AUGAUUGAUCAGCGCCCUACGCGCGUUAGAAGGUUCGGCAAUCGCGCCAUUGCGAAGCCGUCGCGGGAGGUGAGACCAAUUGGCGUUGUGAUCGGCGUGUCGCACGUCGAGACCGGCGCUCCUCCGCCAAGCGGACUUCCCAUCCUGAGCAACGGGACGACUUGCUCAUGGGCAUCACCGGGCCUGGCCCCGCUGGAGAACGGCCGGGUGGGGAUCACUCUCCGUCCCUGUCUUCCUCCGUCGGGGACCCUUCCGCUCUACCCCGGAGACCCUUGGGAAGACGAGCUCAACUACCCCCCACCGCGGAAGAUGCCGAAUGACUUCAUCCGAAUGCAUGACAAGCAGUCUGAACUAUGCGUAUGCAGUCCCCGCGGUGGAUCAAAAGGGUAA